AUAUGGGUAUAAUGGUGUAAGCUGGUAUGGUAAUAAGUUGUUUCACAAGACGGUUUUACCAGCUGAAUGUAAUUCUUUCAAUCUUACUUAUCUACAAAUUUCAAUUAUCGGAUUUGUUGAGAUUUCUAAAAGCAGUACUUAAUCAUGAAUUACUAUGAAAGUUUCUUUUUCAUUUUCUGAAACAUGGAAUAACGUUAUAACGGAAGUGUGGAUUCGUAUGCAAAUAUUAAUCAUGACAUCCGCAAUAAAUUACUCAACAGAGUGCAGCACAGAUGCCCGAGUAAUCUCCUAGGUGUCGGCACGUGAGGGUGAAUUUCAUGGGUGCCGGGAUUAGUGAAUUUUGUAUUUAGCAAGUGAAAACAUAAAAAGAUACAUCGAAAAUUUAAUAGUUAAUAAUGCGGAGUGAUGACUAACAUUUUUUGUGAUAAGCUUAACAUUCAUUAUUUUUAAAUAAACAGUGCUGCUUCAGAAUCACCGUAUUUCAGGUUAAGGUCAAAGGACUCCUUUGGCGGGAGUCAUAGGAUUUGUUUGGAAAUAGAAUGAACCAUGGAAAUUGAAAAGGAUCUACUUUUCAAUUUCACCUCUAUAAUCAUAACGUUGCUGCUCAUUUUUGUCUGCAGUCUGACGAUUUUUCAUAGACUGAAAAUCAGAUGGCCAGUCACUGUUAAUUGCUGGUUUUGUAAUAAAAAUACUAAAAUCUGGCGACAAGAGCUUGAUUGGUGGCUCUGUCCUUCUUGUAAACAGUAUAAUGGAUUUAGUAAGGAUGGAAGCUACAAUUACAGCAUUCCGGCUCAAUACAAAUUAGUACAGAAUAAUUCUAUGAAAUUCUAUGCCAAACCUAUUAAAACCAAAUCUUCAAUUUUUCAUAAUGGUUUAUGUACGCAAUGCAAUGUUAAUGAAGAGUUAAAAAUUCGUGAACUCUCUAGAUUUGAGCCAAAGAAUUUCUGGAACUAUGAUUGGGAGUUGCAACAAUACCGUCAACAACUAGAAGAAAAAUAUACAUUGUGUUCAAAAUGCAGUGAAGUUGUACAUGAUGUACUAUGUAAGCAAUCAUCAUGGCUUACACGGUACAAAAUGAUGUUCUUUAAGCAGAAACCUGUACAAGCUAUUGUUAAUAAUGGAUCUAAAUACGAAAAAAUAUUUCGACUUAUUUCUACAAUUCUUUCAUCAUCAACCAUUUACUACAUGGGUUCUUGGCCAAUACCUUGCACUGGAUUAUUAAUUCAGCUUGGAGCUUGUAUCACAAGCCCUGCUAAUCGCAGGACAUCUGAUAUGUUCCUUACAUUUUUAUGGAUUUGCAUAGGAAUCUUAACACCAUUCAAAGAUUUAAAAUUAUUAAAAUCUGAUUUCAACACGGACUACUUUCAUUUGGAACAUAUCACACAAUACCAUGCAAUUCUGAUGUUGGCUACCGCUAUUGGUUUUGCUAAUAUAAGAACAAAAUCGUAUACAUUGAGUUCGAGGGGAGUGAUGUCGUUCAAGAAAUUGGAAUCACCAUCAAAAAGAAAUUCUGGAACCUUGUCGCCAAUACCCAGAGCCAACAUAACUCCAACCACACCAGAAUCUGAAAAAGAAGUAACUCAUGUAAAGACGACACCUAAUUCUCCAGUAAACAUAACAAAUCUUUUAAUGACUCCGGCCUCUGUAGAAGCACCUGUGCCAAUACGUGCCACACAAGUUUUCCAAAGUCCAAUGACUUUUCACAAGCAAGCUGGCUUCUCGUUUUACAGUAAUACGGAAGUGCAAAAAAAUGGUUUCGAUGAGAGUCUCAGUACCUUAAGUUCACUUUCUUUAAGUGCAACUCCAACAAAGAAAUCAUUUAAAAAGGCAAAGAUGUUCGAGACACGUGUUUAUGGUACAAAGAGCUCUGAUUUAUUUACAAAGUCCCGUCGCCCUAUUCUUAGUCCUCCAAAACUAAAGUCUUGGGUCGCCGGAGGAUAUUGGCAAGCUGGAAUGGACGAGCCUGCCCUUUCUCGGUCUUCCAGUCGAAGUUCUGGCUUUGGUUCAGCUGGCUCAAAUCUUGCACUUUCUCAGGAGCCUUCGCUGUACAAUGACUUUGACCGUUGUUCAGUAUUGUCUGAUACUACUCAAUGCUGCCACCAUGCAAAAUCAAAUAAAGGAAAUUUCUCUUCCUUCGUCAGGCCUGAAAGUCCACGGCCACUAUUUCCCCGAACAUUUAAACCUCACAAAGCACUUUCAGAUACAGGCUUUUCGGAUGUUCCCACUGUAAAAACGAGAAGCACCCAGGAAAUUACUACGCAAACUGGGCAAACGGUCUUAGCAACACCCACUUGGCUUCCGGCAUUGCUCUGUGGUUCACUAAUCUUUAACAUGAUAGUCCUCUGCACGAUUUUACUACGUUAAGGAUCAGUAACGUUUAUACAGGAUGUUCUAGAGGGUUCAUCUUGUUGCAUUACCUAGACCUGAAUCAAAACUAGAUAGAAUUUGCUUCUCCGGGUUUCUGGAUUUUCAAAUAUUGCCACCUGCCUGACAGAAAAUUCUUAUUUCCUUUGUUUACAAUAACCAGAGAGAGAAUGACAAUCGAUAUUUAUUAAUAGUCUAUAAUUAUACGUACAUUUUUUUAAAUUUCACUCGCAAAGUAUUCUCUUGUAUUUGAACCAUCAUUUUUGUUUCUUUUUUUUCCAUUUUUAUAUCCUUACUACUACAAGUCUAACAAACCGACAGGUUGGCAAUUACUUUAAGUUUAAGACAGCGUGAGUGAUAUUUAAAGCUCACCUAAGAAAUAUGCAAACUUUCGUUAAAUAUAUAUAAGUAAUGGUAUUGCGAUACGUCAAGGAUAAUUAAAGUACGUAAUUCUUGCGUGAAGCGUAUAACGAGUGAUAUUCGUUCAUUAGAAACUAAGAUAGUUAUUGUUACAGCGAUUACUAAUAGAUAAGUUGACAAUUAGUUAAGUUCCAAUUGUGAUAAUAAUGAUGUCAGUUCUUCGUAAGUGUUCAUAUAACAAAUAAGAUAUUAUGAGAGUCGUACAGUACUUAAUUUAUUUUCUAUAUCUUUCUAGAUUUAAUAAUCUGACAUAAAAACCUACGAAUAUUCUAAAAAAUUUAUUUAUAUUAAAGUCAAAGGUUGCUUACGUCAAUGUUGAAUAUAUGUAUACAGUAUAAUCUGUUACCUGAUUGCUUAUCACGAUACUGUAUGACUCUCAUUAGACGUAAUUUGUUUUAUCUCACAUAGAAAAAAAGCACAGAAAGAUGCAAAGCAAAACUGCGAAAUAGAAACACUAAUAAUUCAAGUGAACCAACUUGUAGUACGGAUGAUUGACUAUUAUUACAUAGUAUACAUAUAUAUAUAUAUAAAACUAUAGUUUGUAUACGAGUUUAUAUUGUAUCAAACUAUAAUCUAAUUGAAUGUUCAUAAUAAUUGAUAAAAAAUGGAUUCUUGUAAUAGAAGUAAUUGCGGUCUAUAACCAUUGUUAAACAAUUGGACAUUUUAUAUAGCUUAGAGUACUUUAUACGAAUGCUCAAAGUUUUCGUAAAAGUCUUCUAAUCGAUUAAGGAGAAGUUAAGGUAACAUUGUGGGUUCUCUUUAGCUCGGUAAGGAGUUGCUCUUUUGUUCAAAGAAUCCAAAAAGAUUUGAUAUCACAAGCCGUGAAAACUUGUUUAACAAUAAUCGCUACAGGUUCUUUUCUUUUUUAUACCGUUAUGCAUUCACGUUACGUUGUUAUUCGCAAUAUGGGACAGCUAAUUUUAAAAAAAACACAGCAAUUUAUAGAUUGACUUUCCAGUAAAUUCGUUAAAUGCUAUUCUUUUUUUUUUAAUAAAUUGCACAAUUGGCAGAUAAACGGAAUAACUUUAAUUUGACUUUUUAACAAUAAUACUGUCAUUUAGGACUUUAUCAAAGUGCCACUGCAGGCAGUGAACAUAGUGAAAACUAUUUGUUAUUUUAAUUAUUUAGAAUCAAUGUACCGAAAGCUUUUACAUGAUUCUUUAAUCUGAGUUCUAUGGAAAGGAUAACUGAUCAUACUGUCAGAUAUUGUUGUAGUCUCUAAUAUUAUACAUACUGUCUACAGCCAAUGACAUAAAAAUAAUUUAUUUUUUUUUCAAGUGCUUCCAAACCGUUGAUACAUAAAUGCAUGUUGCUAACCGAUAAGACUGUAUAUGAUUUUGUUUUAAACGAUUGUACUCUGCCACUACUUGAUACAUUAAUUGACUACGUCAUUAAAUAUAAGGUAAUAGUCGAUGUUCAUACCCCACUGCGAUAAAGAAAUAGAAGAAUAAUCCCAAAUAUCAACUGUGCUUACACAAAAGAACACUGCCAUGUAUAAUAAAAUUCAUUUAAAACACUAAUUAAUAUAUCAUUUUACAUAUUGUUAUUAAAACCAGAAGACAGUCAUAUAAUCAGAAUCAAUUGCUUCAUAUGUACUCGUGCAUAUUUAAUAUAAAUAUAUAGACGA